AAAUAUAUAUGAGGAAAAAUAAGAUAGCAAAGAUACAAAAAUUAUCAAUUGAGAAAAAUACGUGAUAUCAUACAAAAAUAUAUAUAUAUAUAUCAUUGGAAGAAUAAAAGAAACAUAAAUGAGCAUUACACAUACUAACGUUUCCGGCAUUCUCACCAAAUAAUUGUUCUACCCAACGAAAGCAAGAAGAUUUCGUAUACAAAAGGCUUUCUUAGAACUCUGUGUGUUGUGUGAUGUGUGUGCGUGUAUGCGUGCGCGCGCGCGCGCGCGUAUGUAAAGGAUGAGUACAAUAAAGGAAGGAAAAGCAUUACGUUCGCUAUCCUAUUCACAGUCUUGUUACUCGUCUGAACUAUUGCAAAUGCCUUUCACAUCAAGGUGGGAUUUAUUUCAAUGUGUGCUACAAUCGUGUCUUCUUCAUCAUCUUCAUCAUCUUGAUUAUCUUAAAGAUGCGAAUGAGAGCGCAUAUUCCUUUUUUUCUUCUUUCUUUUUUUUUCUUUUUUUAAUUUUGAUCUUCUAAAAUUGAGAUUAUAUUAUCGAAGAUCAAUUGUUUUCAACGAAUUGAAAAGACGAAUUUAAAGAAUCCAUGUGUGUUGAACACAAAUAUAUAAAUAUUAAGAAAAAGAAAAAAAAAAGAAAAGUACAAAAACCUUUCAAAGAAGAAAUGAAGAAUUGAGAAAAAAAUCAUCAUCUAAGGACUUGAACGAGAAAGUUAUUUCCAUUUUUAUUUUUUUUAUUUUUUUUUUAUUUUUUAUUUUUUAUUUUUUUUUGUUAUUUUUAAAUUAUAAUCACUUAAAAUUGAGAUUGGUAUAAUCGAAGAUCAAUUAUUUUCGACGAAUUGAAAGGAUGAAUUUGAAGAGUCCAUGUGCAUUGAAUAUAAACAUAUAAAUAUUUAACAAAAAAGGAGGGAUAGAAAUUUUUCAAAGAAGAAAUGAAGAAAUAAAAAUAAUUAUUUCAAAAGCACCAUCGUCGCUACUGCUAGUCGUUCGAGAAAAUUUGUUAUAUUUUAUUUAUUUUUUUUUUUUCAUUUUUUUUUAUUUAUUUAUUAUCUUUUUUUUUUUUUUUUAUUUUUUUUUUUUAUAAAAAUCGAAGGGAAUGACUAUGUCCACGACAACACCAACACCAACGCCAACGCAGAAGGUAGCUCGAGGAAGAGGGCCGGCAGAUGGUCGUGCUUUUUUCGAAACGUUAUGGCGUGGUAAUUUUUUCCUCGAUCGACAGAAAGUUUUCAAACGCGGUCGUAAACGUAAACUGCAACAAGCUUUAAACGAGAAGAAACGUGCCCAAUUACAAAUGCGACAACAUUGUUGUUGUUGUCAACGUAUACAGCUUCAUCUUCUUGCCGGACGAGGAAACAAUGUUCGCUCUGUUGUUAGUGUUCGAGAAACACAUCAGAUAGCCGAGGCACAACAAGAAAAAAAUGCUAAAUUGCGGGAAGCCUUUGGAAUAUCAGAAUUCUUCGUGGAAGGAAGUAGCCUAGAUCCGGAAAGGCGGGCACGAGAAGCCGAGGCAAGAGCGGCGGCGAACAAGGUUUAUGAAUUAGUUCGCACUCCGAGCCCUGCUCCGGAUACUACCUCUGCUCCGGAAAAGAAGAAUAAGAGAAAACGUUCUGGUAGCACGUCCAAGAAGAAAAAGGGAAAGAAGCAUAAAAAAGAAAGGUCCGAAUCUCCAAGGACGUCCAAGAAGAAAGAAAAAGCUAAGAAAAAGAAAAAGGAGAAAAAGCACAAGAAGGUAGAGGCCAGUUCUUCUGACAGUGAAUCCAGCGAUGAUACUGAAGAGAGCUGUUCGUCUGAAGCUGAAUCAAAAAAGAAGAAAAAGAAGAAAAAAAAGAAAAACAAAGUUGAAGGAAAAGAAAAAUCUGAGAAGAAAAAAGCAGCGCUAAAGAGGAAACAUCAAUCAACGGAUAGCUCUACAGACAAUUCUCCAGAGAGGCCAAAGAAAAGAACGAAAUAUGAUAAAGUUGUUGCAGAGAAGAAUACGUUUGAUGACGGUGAAAAUGUUACAAAAGAAUAUCGAGUAAAUAGAUCUCCAAAAAAAGCAGUAGAAAGAUCAUCUCGCAAUGAAACACCACCUAUAAAGAAAAAGGAAUCAGCCACAAAGAAAACUAUUAUUAUAGAUAAAAGGGACAAGUCACCACCGAUUACACAUAAAACCCCACCACCUAGACGUCAUAGAUCUCCAUCCAGAGGUAGAGCAGACAGAGGAAGAUCUCCAAGAAGAUAUUCGAGAUCACGACGCGUAACAUCUUCUCCGAGAAGAAGAAGGAUUUCAAGGUCACCGCGACGUUACAAUAGAUUUUCUAUUUCAAGAAGUAGAAGUCGUUCGAGAUAUGAUCGUUAUGGAUCAAGACGUAGACUUUCUCCUAUACAUAGACGUAGGAGAUCAGAUUCUCGUAAAAGAUCUAGAUCUCCAAGAAGACCAAAAGAAAGGAGAGAUAAAUCGCAGGAACGUCGUAGAAGCCGUACUAGAUCCAAGAGUAGAUCUAGACGAUCGUCUUUGAGUUAUUCACCAGUACGGAAAAACCCGGAACGUUAUAAGGAUAUAUUAGAAGAUAAGAAAAAGCGAGAACAAAAAAGAGAUCGGGAUGUUGUUAGACAAAAAUCUCGAUCAAUAUCGAAAGGUAGAAAAAUACAAAUGAUUACACCGCGAGUAAGUUUGAGAUCUUCUAGUGAAGAUGAGGGUGAUAUAGCGGACGAUGAACCAAAACAAGAAGAUGAGGAAAAAAUUAAGGAAUUGAACACGUUGAAACGAUUGCAAAGUGGAUUAGCUGCGAAGGCUAGAGAAACAUUAGGGAAAAAGGUGAUAAGUCCUGUAAAAGUUAAAUUAGAAAAGAAAGAAGAAUCGGUUUUCGAUAUAGCAUUACCGGUGGAACCACCAAAACUAACGGAAGACCCAACAAAUUCUUCUUCUUCCAAAGAAAAAUUAAUAUCACCUGUGCGGUUACUUCCUGUACAGUCACCAGUUUCCAGUCGAUCACCUUCACCAGCAUUACCAUUGACUCGUGAAGAAGCUGCUAUAAAAAUUCGAUCGCCUAGUGAAUCACCACCUCUCUUGUCGCAAACACUAUUGGAUAAAACUAGUCCAAAGUCACCUGUUAUGUCGGCGAUUAUAACAACAAUAAUAACAACACCAACAACAGCAACAGCAACAACAACAACAACAACAACAAUAACAACAAAACAGUUCUCUUCGGGUCCUAGUAAUUCUAAAAGGAGUUCUCCAAUAAUUGUCCAGAAACCUUCUCCAAAAAGUAAUUCUUUGACGCAUUCACCACCUAUCACGACUUCUCACAAAGAUGUUAUAAUAAAGUUAAGAUCUCCAAGUGAGUCACCACCAUCUUUACCAAGUGACACUAUUAACAAAUCCGAUACAAGAUCUCGAUCUCCAAGUACAUCGAAAAGAAAUUCUCCAAUACCUAGGAAACAUUCUUUAAGAGAGAAAUCAUAUUCCAGAUCCCCGUCAAGAUCAUACACAAGGUCAUUAUCUUUGGAAAAGAAGUCUUCCAAAUCACCGAGACAUCGUUCAAGAUCUUUAUCCAGAAAUAGAUCGCGUUCGCGUGCUCGUAGCAAAAAAUCAGUAUCUCCAAAGCAUAGGCCAUCGAGAUCUGGGUCUAGAUCAAAGAAAUCACCGAAUUCUCUUCAAGCACAUUCGAAAAGAAUAUCAAGGUCAAGAUCUUCCUCUGGAUCGAAACACUCUCCAUCGAGAUCCGCGUCAAGAUCAAAGAAGUCACCUUCUCAAUCCCCUGGAAAGUCAAGAUCUAGAAGUAGAAGCAUAUCGUUGUCAAAAAGAUCUAGAAGUUGUUCUUUAUCGAAAAAAUCCAGAAGUAGAUCUCUGUCGAAGGAAUCUAGAAGUUGUUCGGUAACUAAAAAAUCAAGAAGUCGUUCUUUGUCCAAAAAAUCGAGAAGUCGUUCAGCCUCAAAGAAAUGCAGGAGUCGUUCGUUAUCAAAAAAAUCAAGAAGUCGAUCUAGAUCAGCCUCUAGGAUGUCAAGAGAGAAAGAAAAACGAAGUAGAAGUAGAAGUACUUCUCGUUCUUCUGUCAGUUCGGCAAGGCAUAGUCGUCGCAGUUUUUCAAGUUCUACACGAUCAACCAGCAGCGUUUCUAGUAGAUCCUCGCGCUCAACUUCCAGCAGUUCGGGUUCUAGUAGAUCCCGUUCACCGUCUAUACCACGUCGUCAUGGUUCGCCUAGUUUUCUUGAUAGACGUCGUAUUACAAGUGCCAGGAAACGACCGAUUCCAUAUCAUCGACCAACUCCAACGCCGCCUUCAUCACCAAGUAGUUCAGAGAGCAGUAGACACAGUAACUGGUCGAGUCAGAGUCAUCGAUCAAGCUGCUCUCCGAGUCGAAGUCCAUCUUACACACGUUGAAACGUAUUAAUCGAAUUGUCCUUAAAAGAGAACAUGAUGUUCCUUUCUAUUAUAUCAAAUUUGGAAUAAGUUCAUUUGUUUGUUUAUAAUAGCACAUACCUAAGAGAUUAUCUAUAGUUUAUUACAUAUUUCAUUCCAAAUUUGAUAGAUAUUAGUUUUAAUUCUUCAUAAAUUCUUUACGAACAAAUUUGCUCUCCUUUAAAUCUUCUAACUCGAUAAUACUCAUCGAUGGUUGCUCUCAUCUCUUAAAUAUUAUGAACUUAAGUAUAUUAGUAUUAUUCCCCUUCCGGAUAACCGAUCCUCUUUCCAAAAAAAAGAGAUUAUAGAUCAUAUUUGUAGUCGAUACGAUGCAUGCAUUUUGGAAGAACAAUACUAUAAAGCACUUUGUAUAGUAAACUAAAAUUAAGUUAAUAUAAUAUUUAUUUUAUUAUAAUUUAUUCUCGAAAACGUAUCAAAUAACGUUUGGAAAGAUGAUAUUUUAAUAAUAAUGGUAAUAUGUGUAACUUAUGGGACUUUUAUAAAAAAAGAAAAGUGUUUAAGUUACAUCCUUUAGAUUUGAACUAAUGGAAUCUUUCUAAAAAAAAAAGAAAAAAAAAAGAAAAAGAAAAGAAAAGAAACGAUGUGUGUCCUAACACCAUAAACUUUAACAUUGUAUAAGCAAUAUAAGAAUAGGAGAUUAUAUCAUUGAUACUGAACAUCUUUACUCUAAGGAUUUAUAUAAUAAUUUAAUAUUUAUUAUUUCUAAAGAAAAAAACAAACGAUUCUCCAUUUUAACUGAUAAUACUACGUAUGUACAUUUUAGUAAUUACUUGAUUGUGUAAAGUUGUUUGUUAUACAAACACAUGCUAGUCAAAUUUUAUGUGUUUCUAGUGAGAAAUAAUGUUCUUAAAGUUCAACUUAUUUGAAAAAUGAUCGUAAGUCACUUUUCCUGUGCAAUGUUUUCCUGCCAUUACUUGUAUAAAUAGAUGUGCCUAUUCUUUAGGAAGAUUAUUUCAGUUCUAUUGUAUUCAGUAUAAAUUACUUUUUAUAAAUAUAUAAUAGUAUUCACUUAUUUAUUUAUUUAUAUAUUUAUUAUUUAUUAAUUUAUUAUUUAUUUAUUUAUUUAUUAUUUAUAUAUAUUUUUGCAUUAAAUAAUAUUUAAUUAUUAAAUUUUAUAUAUAUAUAUAUAUAUAUAUAUAUAAAUAUAUAUAUAUAUAAUGCUUUGUCCAUGGUAAAUAUUCGACAAAGUACAGAGGGAAUUAUAGCAAUGAAUAUUUGUUUGCAAUACUCCACUUACCUAUAUAUAAAUAAGUCAUAAAUGUUAUUUGGUCAUAAGACCGGGCAGCGUACCAAAAGACAUAACUAGACUCUAGUCUUAUUUAUUCAAGAGUUAAGUCUUAAAGAUGUAUAUAUAAGGUUGAAAAAAACAUGUUUGGAAAAUCUACAUUAUUUAUAAAUAGAAGAGACCUGUAUAAUGUUAGGGCUGAAUAAAGUACUAUUAUAAACAUAUAAAAUAUUUAAGAUCUCUUUCUAAUUAUUAUAUCUAUAGUUCUACCACAGUUUUAUACAGAAAUUUUCUUUUUCAAAUCUAAUGUGGUAAAUAGUACAAAAAAUUGAUUUGUGUUCUACAACAUUUUUUUCUGAAAACAGUUAUAAAAAGUACUUUACACAGUCCUAAAUAACAUUAGUUCAUUGUAAUGACUGAUACAACUUAUCAAAUAUAUUUGUCAAUUGCAGUGGUGACCAUUACUAUAUAUAUUUAUAUUAUCUAUUCUUUAUUCUUUUAAGCCUUUAAAGUAUUUCAUAUUUAAUAUCUUUUUACCUAUACCAUUUUUUGUUGCUUAAUUUGGAUCUCAUAUUUAGUUAAUUAUAUACCAUUAAAACUUUUCUACUUAUUAUGAACAUAUGCUUCCUUUAAGAAUCAAAAUAAAAAUAGAUAGGUUCAAAUUUCUCUCGUUAUCCUAAAGUACACCACUAGCUUUUGACAGCAAUAUUUGCUGUUUACAAUCUAACUGAUCAACUGUUAUUAUCAUUAAAAAAAACAGAUAUAUAUAUAUAUGUAUAUAUAUCUGUGUGUGUGUGUCUGAUAAUACCUGAUCAUUCCUGUAACAUAUUCUGUAUUGUUGUUGUGUGAUUAAAUCAAAGCUUGAACAUUG